AUGGCCCAGCCACUAAUGUAUGGCCUGGCCAUUGAGGCCAAUCUUCCCAAUGGGCAGCUGUCACUGCACAAUUACCGCAAGUUCCUCUCACAGUCAAACGACAUCAUCACCAUUCCUGCUGAGGCAUCACGCCGCACCCUCAAAAGAAAACCAGCCACCAUCAAUCUUCACCAGGCAAAGAUUCAUAAACAGCCACAGCAUGACUUUCUUCUGUAUUCUCCUGUCUCUUCCGCUCCAUCAAGUCCGCCUCCUCUUUCGUUCUGUCAGUCUGUGGUGACACUGCAUGGAGACCUGCCUACUCCAGUAUCUCCAUCACCACUCCCAUCAUCAACCAUCAGGUCGUUGUCUAGGCCGUCAUCAGUAGCCAGAUCAUCAGCUUCACAGCGAAUAGAAUCCUUCUCAUCCAGGAUCAAACAGUCCAAAAACGAAUCAACCAUCUCAUAUGCCCACCAUCGAGCUUCAUCAGAUUCGAUGCUUGGAAUGGAAAAUUCGCACCCGACUAUUAAUCACAACGGUGCUUCUUUUCAGAUUCUCAAUCCUCACAAGUCUCUGGAAGGCUCAAGAAUUGUGCCACCAUCGGUCCGCUCAUCCACCCAGUCUGGGCUAGCCGAGAUGCUUCAGAUAGACCAAGAAAAGCCUUACCUGGCACGAGAGCAGUCGCUAUUGGAUGGUUUUGUGCGUCCACUGUCAGCUUCUGAGAGUGACAUAUUAUCAAGAGCUCCGAUGAAACCUGCACCGCCUAUUCCAGCUGAAGAAACAAAUUCUGACUCUUCGUUCGUUGCAUUGCCUUCUAUUAAGGAUGAGCCUAUGUCUUCAAGGCCAGAAACACCUCAGCUUCCAGAAAGAGCGCCUACACGCACACUACGCCAGAAGGUUUCUCAUUUUUUUGGCAGUGCCGAGAAAAGGGGCGAUGUCGAUUCCCAGAAUAGCGGGAAGCGCAGCUCAAAUGUAUCGACUCUCUACGCCGGUUCCCAUCAGCCAUCUAUCGCUGCACGCAAAUCGAUUGAUAGUAGUAGUGAUGAUGAUGAGGAGUGCACCAUUGACGAAGCUCCCAUCACUCCUCUAUCGCUGGAGGUGCCUCGCUAUCUGUUUGGUGAAGACGACUUUUUGAGCUUUUCCGAAGAGAACGGGGUGGGUGAAAAACACGGUGCUGUAGAGUCAGAGCCUUCCAUUCCAGGUGAUCUUCGUCGCGUCUCUUCCCUCGACUCUGAAACGCCAGGUUCCAAGCUAGCAGCCGCCCAGUGGCACGACCAAGCCGUUGAACAAGAUGAACAACAAGAAGAUACUCUGCCAGCUGCGUGUAACGAUGAUGGGCAAACCAAAAAUACCGUCUGUACAAGGCCCUGGCGUCGACCAGUCUACGGUUCUCACUCUUCCAACAGACAUCAAACUCUGCAUGACGCACUGAGUCAGUUGAACACCAACCGUCAGAGCGGAGUGACAUACGAAGACAUCACAGAAUUUCUCCGAUCUCAAGCAGGAGAGGUGGACUGUGAAUCCCAAACUCACGAUGGCGUCGAGAAGCCGUGGCAGCCCGAAACAUGGCACGAGCUCGAAACCUUUUCCCGGCCACUGUGUAGUCGCGCAUCGGAUGGUGAGCUUUCCACAACUGCGCCCAGUACAAGACCAUCGAUCCGUCCGUAUGCCAGGCAGGCUGCUGCGUUUAUUGCAGGAGACGGCCUUGACAACGCUAGUGUCACUUCGUUUGGCACUGCGAUAGACGAUGUUGAAGAUAAUGAAACCGAGAAGCGGGCCGAAUUUGCAAUGGAAGAGGCGAUUGAAGAAGCUGCAGCCAAACUCCCUUCUAGCCGCAAGUCAACGAUGCGUCGAGCCAUCUCCCAUCGAGCGCGGCCCCUCUCCUCGAACCCACCUGAACUCGACAUCCCAAUCUUCCUAGCCGAGUCGAGGUCCAGCUCGUCGCUGUCGCCGUCUUGCCAAAACGUCCAAAGCCCCAAGGCCGACGAUACUGCAGCUGGUGGUAAUAAUGGUAGCAGUGCCAAUAGCCCUAGCGCCGAAACAGUCGCAAGUGCUACCAGAGUGCCCGCCCCCGCCCCCACGGUGUCACUGUCGCCGGGGCCGCAGAUAGCUGCUGGAACAGGCCUUAACUGUCAUUUAGGCGUCCCCGAAGACUUGGUACAUGGCGCUGCGGACCCUGGAUCCAAAGCGACGUUGUUGCGAGGAUCGGCGCCUUUAACCGGCGUCAGGGGAAGUGGAGGCAAGAUGAAGAAAGCAACCAAAAAGCAUCAGCAAAAGGACAAGCGCGUAUAUACGCGACACAACUUUAGCCGCCCCGUGCUGACAGAGACUAUUGUUGAUACUAGCUUCUGGAUGCUGCUGCUCCUGAGUGGUGAAGUGAAAGAAAAAGUCUUGCGGACACGGAGAGGAGAAAAAUCC